AUUCAUAUCUGUCAUGGGUGACGAGACUUGUGCAGGGUGACACAAACCAUGGACGUACAUAGUUCGUGCACAAACAGUACUAUUGUUGAAUCACAGGAAUAAGCGAACUAGCAAGAUGCUGAUAUAAGUGCCAUACUGUUUUGCAGAAACGUCCACCUGAUCCCUACAUAUGAGUUCAUUUAUAAGUCUUCUGAAAAGUGCAAUGGGUAGCAGUCCCAGUAGCGGCAGCAACAGUCAGCAAGAUGACGAUGACGGUGUUCUGGAGACUUUUGAGACAGUUGAACACGAAGAAUAUUUGAUUGUUGGAAAAAACACCAGUUCACAAGAUAUUCUCCAUCCAGCUAUUGAUCAGGUUGCUGCCGUGGAACCCCGUGGAUUUUCAAUGUUUAUGACUUGCACAUCCUCACCCUGGACAGGACCAGCUGAAGCAGACUUGAUGAUGUCUAGCAACAUGCAACACUCUUCUGUUAAAGAUAUACCGUUUUUAGUAAACCCAUGUCUGGGAGAGAGAGAAAGAAUUUGCAGCAUGCUUAACCACCUUGAUUUAGAGAUAAGGCAGUUUGACUGGGCCAAGUAUCUGUAUGACUUUGAAUUUGAGCAAAAGGUGUUGAGAGAUCUAAAUAUUGGCUACCAUUAAGCAUUUAGUUCUGAACACUUUAGGCAUAAACAGUAAUAAAUAAAUUAAAUAAGCUGUAGACUGUGGUUUCAGGGUCACAGUCAAAAAGAUGUCAUUUUUUGUUGUUCACUGCAAGUAGUAAAUGUGUGUAAAGUAAUCUUGAGAGUUUUCUAAUUUGUUGGUUUUUUUUAGUUUUUAGAAAUGAUUGUAACACCAGUUUGUACUGGAUAUUGACCAAAGUUGGAUUUGUUAUCAACCUGGAAUAGAACACUAUUUAAAGAACUCUGCAGGUUUUCAUUGCUGGUAAUUUAUAUUGAAAGUGUCUUGCUGGUGUGAGUGUCGUCUCACUAUUUCCAGCUUGUGUUUAAAUGUGCAUGUGCUUUUUCCACCAAGAUUGUUAAUCUUUAUUUUAUUACCAUAUCAUGAAUGUAAGAUUUUUUAAAACAUGUACUAAUUAUUGACUACAUUGGUGCAAGUGUGUGUUUAUGGAGAAAGCGAUGCAUAGAUGUGUGACUUGGUUGCCUUAGUUUGUACAGUAAAGAGCAUUUCAAAAAACAGUGA